AGUUUGUUGCACUGGGACAUGACGUCCGACCCCGUCUUUACCGGGUAUUCCUAUAUUGUGUGUCGCCCUGGGAGAAACCCGACACGGCCGGUUCCUGCACGAUCCCCGGUUUCGGGCUACACACUAGCCUCGAGUGCUCUAGUCACCUUGUCAACAUGAAUUAUUCCCCUGCUCUUUCUUUUUUGACUUUCUGGGGAUGCUUGCUACAGCUACAACAAACCCAUGCAAUUCCUAUCUGGUGCUGCUUGCUUUUUCCAGCUGAGCUUGGCCCUUUCCGUUACCGCGGAUGCCAGACAGGUGCCAUGUCACCACCGACCAUGUCCUAUGAUGGCCCCGGACCGGGGAUGGGACGCCACUUCCCACCUCAACCCGUAGGGCUUUGCCCGUUGUCCCGCAAUGUCCCCAACCAUGGCUCUGGGUUUUCACAGGCGUAUUCGCGACCCGUUCUAAGCUGUCCAAACAAGAAGUUACAUUCAGGCUUCUCUAUGUUGUUGAGUACUAUCUACUUCCCUUGGGUUACCUCAUCGGCCACGCAUGCCCAGCUCACUGACAUCAACAUGGUCAGUAGGUUCCUUACACGCCCCUCUUGCAUGGGAAACCGUACACCUUCCACUUAUAGGGCAUACCCGCAUCCCUGUCAGCCACUUCUUUCUCUUUCUUUUCUUAGCGGCGGCUCAGAGAUCCACUGCUGUCUCCAAUUUUGGCAAGUUUGACUUCGACACCAACUCAUAUACUGUGCUUGUGGCAUGAACUUGACCUUGACAGCUUCACCGGCCUGCACUUAUCCUUCUGGUUCACAACAUAUCGUCGGCAAGAAGCAUCGCGUUGAUCGACGGUACCGUCCGUACCUGCACCAUCGUCGACGGAAGCCAUGAUGAUAGACUCGUGUCUCUUUCCGUAUUCGAGUUCCGAGAAUCCUCCUGUCAAGCUCCUAAACGCUAGCGCGGUCGACCGAGUCGAGGCUGGUUUCCUUUCCGUUGACCUGGCAAGAGGACUUCAAGUUUGACCCGGAGCUGCCUCUGUGUCACGU